AUGGAUAAGAGUUGGAUGUUUUUACCAAGACAAACUGAGGAGUAUAGAAAUGGUGUUCAAAGUUUCUUACAUUUUGCAUUUUCUAAUGCAAAUAUAAAUGGAAUGAUUUUAUGUCCAUGUAUACGGUGUAAGAUUGGUAUAUUUGUUUCAAAAGAGGUUGCCUUUGAUCAUUUGAUGGUUGAUGGAUUUAUCAAAGGUUAUACUCAUUGGGUAGCUCAUGGAGAGAUAUCAUAUAGUACAUCUACAAACUCUGCUUCUAUUCCAUCUAAAAAUUAUGCAGAUGAUAUGCAAGGUUUAGUUUAUGAGGCAUUUGGGAUCUCAGACAAUGAUAAUAGAAUUAGCACAUCAGAAAUUGAAAAUGAUAACGAGAUUCCAACGGAAGAGGCUGAUAAAUUCUAUAAAUUAAUUGAUGAUUCACAAAAAGAAUUAUAUCCAGGAUGCAAGAAAUUCUCAAAACUUGCAUUCAUGAUUCACUUGCUUCACUUAAAGUGUCUAGGAAAAAUUAAUAAUAAAAUUUUUGAUAUGCUUUUAGAUUUGUUGAGAGAAGCAUUUCCUAAUGCAAUGGAUGAUUUGCCUAAGUCAUACUAUGAAGCAGAGAAAUUGAUGAAGCAAAUAGGACUUGGUUAUGAAAAGAUUGAUGCUUGCCCUAAUGAUUGCACUUUGUACUGGAGGUUGGAUAAAGAAAGAAUUCAAUGUGAAACAUGUAGUGAGCUCAGAUGGGAAACAUCCGAAAAUGAUUCUACCGGUGAAAAGAGAAAAAUUUCACGUAAGGUUUUAUGGUAUUUUCCAAUAAAACCUAGAUUACAACGUUUGUUCAUGUCAUCCAAAACAGCAUCCCAUAUGAGAUGGCAUUCUGAAUCUCGUACAAAGGAUGGUUACAUGCGACAUCCAGCUGACUCUCCUACUUGGCAAACAUUUGAUCAUAAACACUCAGCAUUUGCAAAGGAUCCUAGGAACAUAAGGCUUGGUUUAGCAUCAGAUGGAUUUAAUCCAUUCAAAAAUAUGAGUGUGGCACAUAGUACAUGGCCGGUCAUUUUAAUGCCAUAUAAUCUUCCACCAUGGAUGUGUAUGAAGCAACCAUACUUUAUGUUGUCAUUAUUGAUACCCGGCCCAUUUGCUCUAGGAAAUAACAUCGACAUCUACUUGCAGCCUCUUAUUGUAGAUUUAAAGGAUUUGUGGGAGAUAGGAGUGCAAACAUAUGAUGCAUCAACUAAACAAAAUUUUCAAUUGCAUGCCGCAUUACUAUGGACAAUAAGUGAUUUCCCUGGAUAUGCAAACUUAUCAGGAUGGAGCACUAAAGGACAGCUUGCAUGCCCAGUAUGUCAUAAAUUUACACAUUCACAAUGGUUAAGAAAUGGUGGAAAAUACUGCUAUAUGGGUCACCGUAAGUUUUUAAAUAGUGAUCAUGUGUUUCGAAAAAAUGCUCAAUUGUUUGAUGGCACGGAAGAAUUUGGAAGACCACCACCCACACUUUCAGGAGACAUGGUGAUGGAUGAGUUGAAAAUUUUAAAAUUUACAUUUGGGAAAACAAUUAAUGACAAUUCAUCACUACCAUUUAAUUGGAAAAAAAUGAGUAUUUUUUUUUAUUUACCGUAUUGGAAAGAUAAUGUGAUACGUCACAAUCUAGACCUUAUGCAUAUUGAAAAGAAUGUUUGCGAAAAUAUUUGUGGGACACUGCUGAAUAUGGAAGGAAAAACAAAAGAUAAUCUUAAAUCACGACUUGAUUUGCAAGAAAUGGGGAUAAGAACAGCACUUCAUCCUAUUGAGAAAGGACCAAAGAAAGUUUAUUUACCUCCAGCAUCUUUUUCAAUGGGGAAAAAAGAGAAGAGCAUGUUUUGCAAGGUUCUAAAGCAAAUUAAAGUUCCAGAUGGCUAUGCAUCUAACAUAUCACGAUGUGUUCAAAUGAAACCGCCAAAAUUAAUUGGUCUAAAAAGUCAUGACAAUCAUAUUUUGAUGCAGCAAUUGUUGCCAGUAGCACUACGUAGAACCUUAUCUAAGUCAGUUCGAGUUCCGUUGAUUAAAUUAAGCAGAUAUUUUCGAGAGUUAUGUAGUAAAGUAAUCUCUCCUACGGAUAUGACUCGUCUAAGGAGAGAUAUUGCAGUGAUCCUUUGUGAGUUGGAAAAGAUUUUUCCUCCCUCAUUUUUUGACAUAAUGGUUCAUCUAACUAUUCAUUUGGCUACUGAAGUACAACUUGCUGGGCCAGUUCACUUUCGUUGGAUGUAUCCAAUUGAAAGGUACCUAGGGACAUUGAAGUCUUAUGUUCGAAAUAGAAAUAAGCCAGAAGGAUCUAUUGCUGAGGGGUAUUUGGCUGAGGAAUGUUUGACAUUCUGCUCUUUAUAUUUAGCAGAUUAUGUAGAGACAAGAUUUAAUCAAUCAUCAAGAAAUGAUAAUGCAAAUAUUGACUCAACAUUUGCAUUAGAUGUGUUUAACACAUCUGGCUAUGCACUUGGAAAGGCCAUUGCAACUAAGUUUGAUACUGAGAUAUUAAAGAAUGCACAUCAAUAUGUUGAACAUCGGGGAAUUGUGCAACUUAGUCAUUCUCGUCUUCCACUAUACCAAAUUGAACGUAUACAUAGUGAAACUUUUGCCUCAUGGUUUGCUAAUCAUAUUGAAGAUACAAAUCUUCCAGAAGAUGAUCCUGUUUCAAAUGAUUUGAGAUCACUUGCUAGAGGCCCGAAUAUCAUUAGGAUACAAUAUCAUAAAUUUGUUUCAAAUGGAUUUAGGUUUCAUACAAAAGAAGUGGAACGUAAGAGGAAAACUCAAAAUUGUGGUGUGACUGUUAGAGCAACUACUUCAAGUUAUUCAAGUAUAAAAGAUCACAAUCCAGUAUUAAGCGAACUUGAUUAUUAUGGGAUUUUGCAAAAUGUGAUUGAGUUAGAUUAUGGGGGAGGUCGAAAAGUUGCUUUAUUUGAAUGCGAGUGGGUCUCCAAAGGCAAACGGCUAAAAUUGGAUGAAGAUGGUUUUAUGUUGGCCAAUUUUAAAGAUGUUAGGCGUCAUAAUGAGCCUUAUAUUUUAGCAUCUCAGGCUAUGCAAGUAUUUUAUGUGGAAGAUCCAAAUGAUUGUGAUUGGCAUGUCAUUAUCACGACUGAUGCACGAGCGAAGUAUAAUAUGCAACCUAUGGCAGAUGUUGAUACAUAUCUUCAAAGUUAUAUUUGUAAUUCAGAAGCUUGCAAUGAACAUGAAGAAGUAGUCUGGGUUCGUGAUGAUAUUGCAGGAGUGGAAAUUGAUACUGAUUUAUGA